GUUGGUAUAUUGGAGAAUGUAAAGGCAGUGUGUCUACACACUGAUUGAUAAAGAUAACUACGGGAGCCAGCUGAUCUAAAAUAUGUGGCCAUUUAUCGGCUCUUGUGACGCCGAAAGCCAGGUUCACAUUGUCUAUUUUGGAGAGCACAGUGGAGGGAAAACGUGGAAGGAAAUUGAAGAUGGUCAUCAUUCCUACCUACUUUCCGUGAAGAAGUCGGAAGAAGAAGCCAGAUCUUCUCUGGUUUACAGCUACAAGAAGAUUAUCAAUGGCUUCUCCGCCUGGCUCACCCCCCAUGAAGCUGCCAAGUUAUCCGCAGAAAUUAAUGGAGUGAUUUCAGUGUUCAAAAGCCAGCCCGGAAGAUACCAUCUUCAAACCACAAGAUCCUGGGAUUUUGUUAGCUUACUCGAAGGUCAAGAACUGAAACACCCAACUGAUGAGGAAGAACUAUCGCGUAAAGCCAACUACGGAAAAGAUGUCAUUGUUGGGGUCUUCGACAGUGGAAUAUGGCCAGAGUCAGAGAGUUUUAGCGACCAAGGAAUGGAACCCAUCCCAAAAAGAUGGAAAGGAAUAUGUCAGAGUGGCGCGGCUUUUGACACUUCUCAUUGCAAUAGGAAACUAAUUGGAGCUCGGUAUUACCUAAAUGGAUAUGAAGCCUAUCAUGGCCCUCUCAACAACAUAGAUGAUUAUCGAUCACCUAGAGACAAAAAUGGCCAUGGAACUCACGCAGCCUCAAUUGUUGGAGGUCGCAGAGUCGCCAACAUCUCAGCCCUCGGUGGUCUUGCCAAUGGCACAGCCUCUGGUGGCGCUCCGCUAGUGCGCCUCGCCAUUUACAAAGUUUGUUGGCCAAUCCCAGGCUUGUCUAGGGCAGAAGACAACAUAUGUUUUGAUGAAGAUAUGCUUGCAGCCUUCGACGAUGCCAUCGCUGAUGGGGUUGAUGUGCUCAGCAUCUCCGUCGGGGCAAACAAUCUUGAUCCCUACAAAAUAGAAGUAAUUUCUAUUGGGUCGUUUUAUGCUAUGAAGCGAAACAUCGUGGUGGCCUGCAGCGCUGGCAAUGAGGGACCUUUCCCAUCAACUGUGAAGAAUGUAGCGCCUUGGAUCAUCACUGUAGGUGCAAGCAGCAUAGAUAGAGUCUUCUCUUCACCGGCUGUGCUAGGAAACAACAUGAAAAUUGAGGGACAAACAGUAACUCCAUAUGCAUUGAAAACCAUGUACCCACUAGUUUAUGCUGGAGACGUAGAAAUACCAGGCACAACAACGGAGGACUUCAGCGGGCAAUGCCUUCCUGGGACUCUCUCACCCGAAUCGGUGAAAGGAAAAAUCGUGUUAUGCCAAGGUGGGUAUUCAUAUGAUGUUCAGACAGCUUUAGAGGUCAAAAGAGCUGGGGGAGCUGGCUUCAUCCUACAGAACCCUUUGGAUGGUAUUGGAAUAUCAGUUGUUGCUCAUGUUCUUCCAGGAACAACAGUGUUUUCUAAUGAGCCUGCCACGAUUCUUGAUUACCUAAGAAAUACUAGCAAUCCCAUGGCCACAAUAAUCCCACCUACAACUGUCAUGAACAGUAAACCAUCACCUUUCAUGGCAGGCUUCUCCUCAAGGGGUCCAAAUGGCCUUGAACCUAAUAUUUUGAAGCCUGACAUUACAGCCCCAGGUCUAAAUAUAUUAGCAGCAUGGAGUGAGGGAUCUUCUCCAACUAGAUUGGAGGAAGACAAACGAGUGGUUAAGUACAACAUAUUUAGUGGCACUUCCAUGUCUUGCCCACAUGUGGCCGCCGCAGCCGCACUAAUCAAGGCCAUUCAUCCUAAUUGGAGCAGUGCAGCCAUAAGAUCAGCCCUCAUGACUACUGCAACAACAGAUGACAACAGGGGCAUGCCAAUGAGUGAUGCAUCUGGAAAGCCAGCAACCCCAUUCCAUUUUGGAGCUGGCCACUUCCAACCAGCAAAGGCAGCACAGCCUGGCCUCAUCUAUGAUGCCAAUUACCAUGACUAUCUCCUUUCCCUCUGCGGCAAUGGUGCCAAUAAUUCACUAGAUCCAACGUUCAAUUGCCCAGAGAAUUUCCCAUCAGCAAGCAACCUUAACUACCCAUCACUUUCCAUUUCAAGUUUGAUAGGCACCAUUACAGUGAAGAGGACUGUAACUAAUGUUGGCAGUAGCAAUCCAACCACUUAUAACUCCACGAUCCAAUCUCCAAAAGGAUACAUUGUUGAGAUCUCUCCAACAACACUAAGCUUCAGUCACUUGAACGAAAAGAAUAACUUUACCAUCACAAUCAAAGCAAACGAUAGUGUCAUUCAAAGCGGCGUGUAUUCGUUUGGGUGGUAUAUAUGGAGCGAUGGGAUUCAUACGGUUAGGAGUCCUAUUGCAGUGUCUUCAUCUUUGGGACACCCACCGCGACAAUCACGCAGCUCUUCUAUGAAACGCAGUAAGGGGAAACCCUUGCUCAUAUUAUUAGGCAUAAUAAUAUUUCAAAUUUUCAUAAUAUUUUUUACCUAACACUUUAUAUGAAAGUGUUUAGAAUUUUCAAGUAAUCGAACUAUCCCUUUGUAAACCUAAUUUUAGGGGUUUAUGCAUAAUUAUUUUUGUCACAA